AUGAGGAUCCUAUUUAAGCGCCAGAAGAGAAUACCGGGGAUUCGGUACUUCUCAUCAGGAAAUAAACAAAAGGAAGAAGUGAGGAAAACCAUUCUGUAUGACGUGCACAAAAAGAACAACGCGAUUUUCAAAAUCCACAAUGGGUACUACAUUCCAAAUGAAUACAAAGACUAUACGUUGAUAACAUCUCAUUUACACACGAGAUCAAGCUGUUCACUUUUUGAUUACACAUACAGACCAAUUUUAAAAAUAAGUGGGACAGAUAAAAUAAACUUUUUAGAAAAGUACGUGGGUAGCGAUAUAAAAGGAUUGUGGGAAAAUGAAUGUAGAAUAAGUUUGUUGCUAAACGAAAAAGGAGGAAUCAUAGAUGACAUAGUCAUUAUACUAAGGGAAAAUCAUUUGUUACUAUAUUUUAAUAUACAGUGCAAGAAAAAGGUGUUUAAAUACCUAAACGAAAAGCUUUUGGAGAAUACCAAACUGGAUGUGAAAAUAGAGGAGUACAAUUCUCAUAGUUCAAUAUGUAUUCAGGGGAGCAAAUCCGCCAACGUGUUGAAUGAAAUAAUAGAGGAUGAUACCUACUUGGAAAAUUGUAGUUUUAUGUCAAGUAAUAUUACCAAGUUGAAUAAUAUAGAGGGGUGUGUACUAAAUAGGUAUACCUGUACAGGUGAAGACGGCUUUGAUAUUUUAGUACCAAAUAAUCACGUAGAAAAAUUGUACGAAUGCAUUUUAAGCAACCCUUUGGUAAAACCAGGUGGAUUGGAAGUUCUGAAUACACUGAGAUUGGAAAGUGGAUUUUGUGUGUAUGGAAAAGAUAUCAAUGAAAAUUUGACCCCCAUUGAAUCGAAUUAUAAAUGGGUUCUAGGUCAGAGAAGACUCAAGGAAUUAGAUUUCAAUGGUGCACAUAUUAUAAUGAACCAAAUUAAAAACGGUACAACUAUUAAGCGAGUUGGGCUAAUCAUGAACUCCACUAUCGUUCCGAAGGAAAAUUCAAAAAUUUACACCAAUGAAAAUGCGCAUGAAGAGAUAGGUUACAUAACCAGCAGCGUUUUUUCUCCCCUCCUACAGAAGCCAAUUGCUAUGGGUUACAUAAAGACGGAACACGCCGCUACUAAUAAUCUUAUAAAAGUAGAAUGCUUGAACAAGUUGGAAGUAGCUCAAAUUAGCAAAAUGCCAUUUGUCCCUCUGUCCAUAUAUAAGAUGUGA